AUGCCGAAAUCUUACGUGUCUUUUCAAGAUCCUAGUGAUCACGAUGACCUUCAGCAUUCGUCGCACCAGCAUACGUCUCACCCUCCGUCGCCGUCAACAAUGCGGAGACCCGAGUCGCCUUUGCUUUCUACGAGCGAAGUAAGGGCAAGAAUGCCGCCUUCCUUGAACCUCCCGUCCGGACCUACGGAGACGACAGGGCUGCUUGGGGAGAGUGAUGCCUCGAUACGCAGGUACACAGAGGACGGCCUGGAGGAUGCCAGGGCAAGACAACUAUCUAGGGUGAAUAGCUCCAGCGGAAGUCUGCGUAGGCGAAGAUACUGUAGCGUUCGACCAUCGGGAGCGAGCAGUCCCGUGUGGAUGCGAAGUUCCGGACUCCGGACACCGAAAAUGCAGCAGUCCCUCGUGGGUUCACUCUCGAAGGACGACCGACUAUGGUACGAUCAGUUUACCUCAACCGAUUGGGUCCACGACAGCAUCGCCGAUGGAUAUCGAGUACUCGAACUCAGGAAGAUGAGGGGCUUCCGAGGACGCCUGUGGCGGUUCUUCGACUCGACGCAAGGAUGGAUACUGAUGGUGCUCAUUGGCGUCAUCACCGCAAGCAUUGCGUACUUUGUCGACGUGACUGAGUCUGCUAUAUUCGACAUCAAACGAGGCAUUUGUCGGACCGCCUGGUAUCAAGGACGCUCAAGCUGCUGCUCGGGCAGAGAAGAUUGUGAGGGUUGGAGGACGUGGUCGCAACUUAUUCAUCCAUCUGGGGUAGAGGAGACUUCGAUUGACUACAUCGCAUUCAUCGCUGGAUCCAUGGUUCUGGCGGGCUUGUCUUGUUAUAUAACCUUGUUCUCCAAGACAGAGGUCCCGUCAAAUAUUGCCUCUACUCUGGAUGAGGAUCUGGGCGCUGCGAGAAGAGAUGAAAACGAAAAUACGGAGGAGGAUAAGCCUGGUGGCAACCAGGCCAUCAACGGCCCCGACUCGCACCCCUCAAGCGUCUAUUAUGCGGCUGCUGGAAGCGGUGUCGCUGAAGUUCGAGUCAUCUUGAGCGGCUUCGUCCUGCACGGUUACCUCGGCCUCAGAGUCCUUGUCUUGAAGACGGUGGGUCUCAUUCUGAGUGUGGCAUCUGGCAUGAGUCUAGGCAAAGAAGGUCCAUAUGUCCAUAUUGCCACUUGCGUCGGCAACAUUGCCUGUCGUCUGUUUUCCAAAUACGACUUCAAUGAUGCGAAGAGGAGGGAAGUGCUAUCAGCAAGUGCCGCAAGUGGUGUUGCAGUCGCAUUUGGUUCACCUCUAGGCGGUGUCCUUUUCAGCUCGGAAGAAGUGAGCUACUAUUUUCCUCCGAAGACGUUAUUUCGCACAUUUUGUUGUUGUAUCGUGGCGGCAUUAUCCUUGAAAUUCCUCAAUCCGUACGGCACGAACAAGAUUGUCCUUUUUGAGGUUCGAUACUUUUCAGACUGGCGGUAUUUCGAACUGUUUAGCUUUGUGAUUCUAGGUGUUGCUGGAGGCCUCGUCGGAGCACUCUUCAUCAAAGCGUCUCGCUUCUGGGCAACGACUUUCCGCCGGAUACCAGUCGUCAAAAGCCAUCCUAUGUUGGAGGUUCUCUUGGUUGCACUCGUCACUGGAGUCGUUGGCUUCUGGAAUCGGUACACCCGGCUUUCUGUCAGCGAGCUUUUGUUUGAAUUGGCCAGUCCCUGCAAUCAGAAUACUAACACCGGAUUGUGCCCAAAGAAAGAUGAGGUUUUGUCGGUUAUUGGAUACUUGGGCUGGGCAUUCGUCGUCAAAUAUAUCCUCACCAUCAUCACCUUUGGACUAAAGGUGCCUGCAGGCAUCUAUGUGCCUUCCAUGGUCAUCGGUGGCUUGAUGGGUCGCAUGGUAGGGCACUUGACUCAAUAUCUUGUGCUGACAUAUCCUGGCUCAUUCUUAUGGAGCGAAUGUCAAGCGUCCGAUGACAUCGAGGCUUGUGUAACUCCUGGAGUGUAUGCCUUGGUUGCUGCAGGUGCCGUCAUGUGCGGUGUCACACGGCUCUCUGUUACCCUGGCUGUCAUACUCUUCGAAUUAACAGGGAGCUUGGAUCAUGUACUACCUUUCUCUUUGGGCGUACUCUGUGCCAAGUGGACAGCGGAUGCCGUCGAGCCAUUGAGCAUCUAUGAUCUUCUAACGGACAUGAACUCAUAUCCCUUCCUGGAUAACAAGGGAAGUCCCGUCUUUGACUCAGAACUCGGGGACAUUACACCCCGGUUUCGACGUGACAAGGUCAUCGACAUCAGCUUAUCUCCUCUCGUCAAGGCCAGUAAUCUACGUGCCAAACUCCGUCGCUUGCAAUACCUGGGCGAGCUUGACGGUGGUUUGCCUAUCCUCCGCGAUAAGAUCCUCGUCGGUCUCAUCCCUGCUCCAGACCUGGAAUUUGCGCUCGACAGGAUUGAGGACGAGGACAAUGCGUUGUGUCUCUUGUCAACCUCUAAUCACGGCCACGGCAGCCACCAGCGAUACUGGGAAGCAUUUGAUGAGGCCGGAUAUGAUUCUGGGCGGGAAUCAGAUGGCGAGGCACCUAAUACGAACUCGGUCGAUCUGACGCCUUACAUCGACCCUGCGCCUGUCGCGUUAGACAUGCAUUCGCCAAUGAACCUGGUUUAUCAAUGUUUUGUGAAGCUUGGGUUGAGGUACAUAUGCGUUUUGAAUGAGGGGGAGUUUCGGGGCAUGGUGCAUAAGAAGGCGUUUGUGAGAUAUGUCAAGACUUUGGAACACGCCGCACAUCAACGUUGA